CAGGGGGAGGGAGGACGCGUACUCAACAUGAGAACGACAAUUCUCGCGGCGUUUUUCUACCUUAUCGGAUUCAGCUGUGCUUCGAUGUUGGCGUUUAUUUUAUACCUCACCAGAUAUGGGAAGGAUAUGGAAGUUGCACGCUCAGAUCUAGACUACUCCAUAAAACUCUUACGGCGAGGCGCGAUUAUGCAGAACUCCUUGGGAUUCUCGGACAGAAAACAAAUCGACAUCGCCGACAAAGUAGCAGACCUGCAGAAGACUCGUCCAGACGUCGUGUCUACCGUGGCCACGACAUGUAAACAGCCUUCUGUGAGACCUGGCAUCGCCGGGAGGGGAAACAGCCAUUCUUCACGACCGCCUGAAGACAUCAAGGAGACAAACAAUUCUGCACAACAGACUCAAGACAGACACAAACAAUUUGUUAGAAGCGGGAGUCGUGAACAGAAAAAGAACGAAAUAUGGACAGAACAGAAACUGAAUCUGACAAACCACCAAUCACUAAAUGUUGUAAAGAAAGAUAUUCAUUCAAGGUCAACAAGUGUUAGAAAGGAAUUUGCACCCGUGGCUCAAGGACAAUAUAGACACUCUGUCCUCCAGAAGAGCCCAGGUGGUAAGAAAGAACACGAUACGCUAAAAGUAGAACCUCGCAAAGAAUCUGCGACUGUUGAUGAUAGGGCAAAGCGGACUGGACUGCUAAUUUCUGGACAAAAUGAAACACUAAGCAGUAAACAUAUCUACUUCAGUCAACAGCAUCACUCAGGACUAAACUCUACCUCAAAAUAUAGACAUGAUGAGAAAAAGUCAUUGGUAUUGAAAGAAGAAACAGACAAAAAAUUCGACGACCACGGUAAAAUCAGUAAACAAUUCCCCACAUUGAAUGCUACGAGCUACACAAGGGACAACGAAUCUGUUAGUUCCCUAGUGUCAGUGAAGAGUCAUAAAACAAAACGUUCCCGGCUGCCGGUGGUAGAGGAUGGACUAGACAUUGUCGACACUGAAGGCCAUCGCCAGGCUACUGGGGACCAGUGCGCUCCUAAGAAACACUUCGUGUGGAUCAAGGUUCACAAGGCCGGCUCACAGACAACAAACCCUAUCUUCGAACGAUUCGCCUACAAGCACAAACUCAAGCUAUUGUUUGGUAUCUCCAACGGGCCGACUGUGUCCUGGCCGCGGCCUCCGAGAUGGGCGGAGUAUGUCCACCCACCGACCGGAGGGCCGUUCGACGCCCUGUACGUUCACAGUCGUUACAAUAAAACAUGGAUGCAAGCCCACUUUCCCAACGACACGGUGUAUCUGUCCAUUGUGAAAGAUCCGUUCUCACACUUCAAGUCUAGCUUCCACUACUACGGUCUACCGCAGCAUCUCAACUUACAAGACUGGAACCCGGUCAAGACGUUUCUCAAGAACCCCUGGAAGUACAAGACGGAGGCAUUGUAUCAGGGCAUCCGGUUCGACAAAACCAGGAACGCACAGCUCUUUGACUUGGGUUUUCCCAUUGAGAAGUCUCACGACAGAAUAUGGGCCGAAGAAUAUAUCAAACAGUUAGACAGGGACUUCUUACUUGUAAUAAUCUUAGAGCACUAUGCUGAGUCAUUGGUAUUGUUGAAAAGAUUAAUGUGUUGGGAAUUGUCCGAUAUUCUGUUGGUAGAAGAGAGAAUAAACUCUCGAAAUUACCGGUACAAACACUACAGUCCCACACGGGAAGAACUGAAGAGGUAUAAGAUGUAUGCAGAGGCGGAGUACGUUAUGUACCAGCGAUUUAACCAGUCCCUCUGGACCAAGAUCGGGCAGCAGAGUCAGGACUUCUUCCAAGAGGUGGAGAACUACAAGCGGGUGACGAGGCGAGUUCGCACUUUCUGCAAAUACAACUCAACACAAGAACUUCUUAUUUCAGCUUCUCCGUGGAAUCCUCAAUAUAAGAUGAGGCAGUCUAUCUGUACCUACCUGAAAAUACAUGAUAUUGAAUGGAGAACACACUCGUGGGCACAACUUCGCUAUCCCCCACGUAUAAAACGCCUCUUGAGACAAGAAUACUUCAACAACAUAAGCAAGUAUCACGACAAGCUGCUGGCUGCGGCCAGGCAAGACUCUGCAGAAAAUCAAAGAUCAUAGCUUUUAAGCUUAAAAGCACUUAAUUGUAAGCACUUAAAAGUGUUGUGAAAUAAGACUUGUUUGCACAUUGUAGAUAUUUGACUUUGUAGUUUUACUAAAGACGGUGUGUAAUGGGACACUAACUUGUAAUUUAGGAAAAACCAAGUGCGCGACGUCUUUUAAUGACAUUCACAUAAUCAUCAUCACAUACUCAAUGUUACACCUGCUACAUUCAUGUGUUUCAACGCAAGAGUAAUUUUUCAAUGGCAAGAUCUUCUCUUAACGGCAUUCCUCCAUAAGAUACAACAAUAAGAUAUUACAUUCUCUUUAUUUCAUGCUGCUACAUAUGUAAGCUUCGUGAUCUCAUGCAGGUAAUUGAUAGGAAAGUUGAUAUCUAAAAUAAUAAGCCUGCUUUCA